CCCAUUGCUUGCUGGGAUAGGCUCCAGCUCCUCUGUAACUCUGAAUUGGAUGGAGCUGUGAGGAAAUGGCUUGAGGGAUCCCUAUAGUUUCCUACCGACACCCGGCUUGGUCAGUUCAGGCUGGGAAAAGUAGAUCUGCUUUGCAUCAGGCCUGUCGGCAUUUCUGCAGUGAAGGUUUGCUAAGAUAUUUUAAAAUAGUACAGAAUUUGUAACAAGCUAUACAAAGAAGUAACUUUCCACUGCAUCCCAAGUUGGCUGCGGAUACAGUCGAAAUAUGUUUUUUUUUUCCGUGGGCUGCAGGUUGUCUUGUAAAAGAUUUUAAGGUUUUGGAUGAUUGCACAAUGUGGCGAACUAAAAAAAAAAAUCCCAACCAGAACCUUAAAUGUGUAAUUACUGUUUACAGUAAGUUUUGCAUUGUUGUCUUGAGGUCUCUAGUCAGUGGGGGAUUACUUCACUAUUUCAGCACAAACCCUCAGGUCGUUACUGGCUGCAAACAUCACUGACAGGAAAAAAAACAUUUGAGAAGUGUGGGUUUAGGGUGUGGUGUGUACACAUUCAUGUUGUGUGUUUUAAGAGUUGCCUAAAUCUGCCCUCCUUCGCAGUGCUCUGUUUUUUUCUGCCGUUCUGUUGAAAUUGAACUGGUCUCAUUUCUGGUGUGGACGCCCUGCCAUAGUCAAUGGUGUGGUUUCCCAGGAAUUGUUAAUUUUGGAGUCUUUCUCUGCAGCCAUCCCAAAAUGUUGAAAUAGCGCAACUUUGGGAGAGGACGAAUUUCAGCUAUGUCUCCUGGCUGCAUGAAAAAAAUGAGAAUCCUUUUAUCUGCAGGAUAAAAAGGGCCAUUAAGAAUUCUGUGCACAGUCACCCAUCAGCAGCAGAAUAGUAUAUUGUGCAGGCCACAACAGGUGAGGUGUGUUAGUCUGUCAUUAUGGAAAGUCCAGUGCUGGCAAGACAGCCUUUUUUUUCAAAAAAUGACCUUAUCCAGCUACCCUAUUAAAGAUGCGAGCAUCCUCUGUUUUCUUGUGUGUGAUGUUAAAAUAAACCUUGGAAUUAACCUUGCAGAUUGUCCCUUGUGUGUUGUUAGAUGCCUUCGCCCUCGCCAAUAAAUAACUGUAUAAAUAUUCAUCAUGGGAGAUGGGUAUUGCGCCAGGGUGCUGUUAAAUAAUCAUGCUGUUAAUUAACAAAUUUGAACCCCACUUGACAAGCUCGUAGCAUUUUCAGAGGCAGCUACAAAAGGAUGAGAUAAUUAAGGGACAACACAAGGCGUGUGAAAACUUGUCACAUCAGCUUUUUUUUCCCCCUUAUUCUCUUCCACUUCUAGAUUUAUUAACAAGAGGGUAGUGUGAAUGGUGGAAUGAUAGGAAUCUCACUCAUGUUAGCUCAAGUUGAGAAAGUUCCUAAUUGGAGACUUGGUCCUGGUCGUUGCUGAGAUCGGUAUUUUUACCCCACCCCCCCCUCCCCUUAAGCUCCUGAAAAUGUGUCGAGGAUGCAGUUUCAAGAAGGAGGAGAAAAAAAAACUUUCCUUCUUUUUUACUCUGUGUUCACACUCAGCAUUUUUUUUUCCUGUGGGUGUGAUGUCUCUUCUACAAGUAAUCAGCUCUGAGAUGUCAGCAUUCUUCUAGGCAAUUCAUAAAAAUUCAGCCUGUGCCUGCAAAAGACGCCUCGGUCCCCCGCCAGCGCCCCCCCCCCACACACACACAUCUUCUCUCUCCUUCCUCACUAAACAGGCGCAGAAGAGGUGAAAUCGUUUACCGGAGGUAACACGUUUGCGUUGUGUAAGAGGAGGCUGCGUUGGGAGCUUUACUGACAUGAAUAUGGAAAGAGCAAACCUGUCAGCGGGGAUGUCGCUGGCCGGCUGCCUCCCGUGUGCGGGCUGGCGGGGCCUGCUGUGGCUGCCGUCAGGAUGUUUCCUCUUCAUCGUUCGGGCCUAGUUACCCAGAGGUGCUCUUCUGAAAGUGGGGAGCUCAGGAGACGCGCCGGGGAAAUAACAUCGUGGUGCACCAGAGGCUAAAGGCAUCCAUGGGGCAGUGUUUGGUUUUCAUUUUUGUCAAACGACUGAAAAGCCCGUGCCCUUCGAUCACAACAGGAGACAAACCAGGACAAACCAGGAACCAUUUUGUGACUGCCUGCGUGUAUACCCUUUACUGAAGUACUAAAUUAUUAAAGUAGAUCAAAUUAUUCUUUUGAAUGCUUCUCUUCUAUAAGUAUCGCUGAAUUUGUCUCCCUGAAUUAACUUUUGUUUUAGUUGUGUGGGAUUAAGAGCAGCCCUGUGUUCUCGUGGCUUCCCAGACUAUUUUUAGUCCUAAUUUGACUUUUUUUUUUGUGUGGGGAGAAUUUUAGGUACAGUAACAGCCAGCCUGUUCGCUCCAUGUUGUAGAUUUCCAGAUGCUUGGUCAGUCAGAACUUUGUUUGGUCCCUUCUCAGUUUUUAUUUUGGGUAACGGGUGGGUUUAUGGCUGGAAGGUGCUACUUGCUAAGCAGGUUCCCUGUUUCAUACAAUAGCUGCUGUAAAAUCACAAUUUUGUAACAGCUUGGUUAAUGUGGGUUAGUGUGUUCUUUGUCAAUACUCCCCCUCUCUGCCUGUGGGCGUCUGCUUUGGGUUCAGUUGUGCUCCGUUUAUAUCAUAGGAAUGCUUGUCUUGAUUGAUACUGUGUUUCUUUAUUUAGCUUCAGAGAAUUUUUUUUCCUGUUUUAUUCUUAUUUUUGGUGUGGGGGGGGGGGGAAUCUCUUUAUAGCGUUGUUGGAAAAUUGUCCCUGUAUGGUUUGGAAAGAGUGAUUGCAGUAAUUUCUUCUUGAACUGAAAUAAAAGAACUGAUGGAUUGUCGGUAGAGUGUAUUCAGAAAUGAAUUUAAAUAUGUUACUUUACACAGUGGAUUCGAGUUACAGACAACCCAAGCUUGGAGGAUAUUUCCACAUUUAGUCCACUAUUGGAAACAAAUGGUUAGUUCUUUUGUAAAUGAUUAAAAUCCACCAAACAUAAAUACCUCCCCCCCAAAAUUUACAUAUUUAAUAUGUUUAUGAUUUAUUUCCACAAUAUAAAUUACUCUCAACUGCUUGCAAAAGAAACAGAAGUUAAUUAGGUCUCUGGUACAAAUGAAUCUGCCUUGAAGCAUUUUUAAAUAUUGUCUUUAUUGUCCUCAUUAAAAUGGAAGAAAUCUUAUAGGUUUUUUUAAGCAGUCAAUGUAAGACACUGUACAUUGCUGAUGCAUAUUAGAAAAUAAUCCAUAUGAUUCCCAUAAGUUUAAUAAUAAACAAUGAAUAGCAAAGUUAAUAUUCUAAAUUUACUUAAUGCUUGUUUAAUACAGUAUGUAGCAAAAUGCAGCCUUGUUCACACGUUUAUUUUCUGUUUAAAUCAGGUUUAGAACUUAAGGAAAUUGGUGAACUGCACUGUGCUUGAGUAUCUACAUGUAUGAAAGUUGUACUGGGAAUUGUCUGAAAAGUUUUUUUUUAAGAUUCCUGAGAAUUAUUUUGGAGUGUUUUUUCGAGCCGUUUUUCUAAAUCACUUCUGUAGCUUUGUGUUUGUUUUACACCUUUAAUUGUUUAGUCUUAGUUCAGAAAUUCUUAAAAGUGACAGGAAUGCAGAGCAAGUCUUGGAGAGUAAUGGAAGUGUAUAAAAGCAGUGAAAAGGGUAAAUAAAUACUGAAUCCAUUAAUUCAUGUUCCUUUUUGCUUAGCCUUUUUUAGAAAUAUUCUCCUCCUCCUAAGUGACUUGCUGUGUGUGUACUCUGUGAGGCUUGUUAGUGCGGAGUUGUGGGGUGGGGGUAGCCCAGUGUUGGUGGAGAUUAGGAAUCUGCUGAGUCAGGGUGACUUGAUCCCAUGAUAUUUGCGCAGUCACACUGCACAAUGGUUUGCUUUUAUCACGCAGUAUUCAAGAAGCAUUUAUAGAAAUCUAUGGUGACUUCCACUGGUACUUUGUAUACAAAGUUAUUUUACUUUUUGUAACUUUCCUGUUGCACCUGUUUCAGUGGAAAUCUCUGUGCUACAGACCUUGAAUCUUGAAACAGAUCAGAGACUCAUAAAAGUCCACAUGGCCCUGAUCCUACUCACUUCCUUAAGAUUUCUUCCCUGCAGCCUCAACGUCUUUGAGCUUGUUCAGUUGUAAAAGAAAAAAAAAACUGCAACUCAUCUGUUGCUUCAGUGUUUUCUUCACUUUUUUAUAUAUAUAUUUGUCUAACAGAAUGUUAAGAUCUAUAGUGAGAACACUUUGUUUUAUACAUUUGUCUCUGUUAUUAUAUAAAACAAUUGUUAGUGUAACUGUAACAUAAUUGAAAUAUAAGUUCUAAGUAGCAGAAUAUAAAGUGCUCAAGGUUUCUUGUAUUUUAUUGGGCAUUAAGGGUGAAUUCUCUCUUGCCUUUAAAUACCCUUUUUAUCGCCAUACCUUGAUGCAGUCCAUUCAGAACUGACUGCUGCAUUUGCAGUUGCAGAACGUCCUCACCUGUCUGAGGCUGAGUGCCCCCACCUGCACCUGGCAGUUCCCAUGACGAUACCCAGGUGGGGUGCCACUCCGCUUCUCCCUGUGUCUCUCAGGCUGGCACCGAGGACCAGCAGCCAUUGCAGUGGGAGCAGUGGGUCGCUUGCUGACACAGGCUUUGCCGUCUGUGAAGUUAGCAGUGACAAGCUGCUGCUGAGUGCAACAAAAGCCACUGAUGACCCUGUGGCUUCGCUGACCUUCCCUCAGCUUGCUGUGCAAUUUGGAACUGCCAUGUGCGCUCUUCUGCAGGAGUACGGUUCUCAUCAUUGUCUCUUUCGAGCAGUUUCUUAGCUUGUCAUUACACCCAGGAAAUCCCCUGGAAUUUUCUUAAAAGACAAAAACACCUCAGUCUUGUUGGGGACCAUUUCACAGCCUCGCUUGAAAGUCCCCACGUUUCUUCAUCUGCAUAAUAAUAAAAAGAAUUGCUUAGCAGAUGCCCUUGUCCAGAUCUGGCCGAGCAUUAAUGAAGCUUAGCAUGAAGUGCUGUGUCAGACGGAAUCUGAUUUGAUUACAAGAAAAACAUGAAAUAAUUAAGUAUAUAAAACGUCUUCAUAGAUGAGCACAGUAAUGCCAGUAAAUCCCGUGCAACACAGAAACGGAGGCAGUGAACACCUACAGUAGCACAGACCGCACGCGGGGUGGAGCCAGACAUAAGUGGUUAUGUAGACAUCUGCCUGGUAUGUGUUCCAUGUAGAGAAUUGCAACAAGUGAAUUACAUGUCAGGAUUGAGAAUAAAAACAUUUUUUGCGGCACAGUGUAAGAAUUACUGAAGAGCGGGGAACAAGCAGGGGAAAUUAGUUUUUGUUCGGUGUUAAACGUAUUACCAAACAGGCUAGAUGGUCUCCUUUCAGUGAAAAACUUCCUUGUGUUCUUAUGAAAGCCCCUUAAUUUGAUUGUCUUAAAGGCAUCUUUGCUUGGGGAAAUGGUCACAUCUGGUGCUGCUGUUGGCCCAAGGCAGAUAGCACGGAGAUGAUUCUGACGCUCCUUCCCCAUUGGCCGAUAUGCUCUUUUACGCUGUUAUGAUUUUAGGAGUGCCGAUCGCUGCUUCAUGACGACCCCAGGUCUGCUGUGGGACUCUUAACACAGACUCCCAGCGGUGAGGCAUACCUACGCACGUGGCAAGAUGUGCCGCGUUGAAUUUUCUUUCGAAAUGAGAGGAAAACUAUUCUGUAGCUAGGAGUUGGGGAAGUACGUACAGUUACUGUGACUGGGUAGACGUAAGUGGGUGAAAGGUCUUUGGAGUACAUCAGCAAAAUGACAUUUUAGUGUUCCAAACUCAAGUUUCUCAUUAUUUGUUUUCCAUUCUUCGAUGUGUCGAUGUGAGGUAAAAAUAUAGCAAGCAGACGUUGAGAGGUUUAGUGACGGUAAUGAAAUAAGGGAUAGAUUUUUUUUAUUCUGUCGUUUUCUUAGAAAUGGUUGAAAACCACUGUGCCACCAAGGAGGCUGCAGGAAACAGGAAACUGGAGACCUGUGUUGUCGGAACCGGCUCUCGUGGUAUGACGACCGCUAACAAGGGAAGCAAAGCCUUGAAGGUGAAAAGGGAACCGGGGGAGAAUGGCACCAGCCUCACGGACGAGGAGCUCGUGACGAUGUCGGUGCGGGAGCUGAACCAGCACCUGCGCGGCCUGUCCAAGGAGGAGAUCCUGCAGCUGAAGCAGCGGCGGCGCACGCUGAAGAACCGCGGCUACGCGGCCAGCUGCCGGGUGAAGCGGGUGACGCAGAAGGAGGAGCUGGAGAAGCAGAAGGCCGAGCUGCAGCAGGAGGUGGAGAAGCUGGCCUCGGAGAACGCCAGCAUGAAGGUGGAGCUGGACGCCCUGCGCUCCAAAUACGAGGCCCUCCAGAACUUCGCCCGGACAGUCGCCCGCAGCCCCGUGGCCCCCGCCCGGGGCCCCAUCGCUUCCGUCAUCGGCCCCCUCAUUCCUGGCAAGGUGGCCACCACCAGCGUCAUCACAAUAGUCAAGUCAAAAACUGACGCUAGGUCUUAGUAUCUAGCAGGGCAGGAGCCAUUGGGAGGAACUGGUCAGUGCAUCAUAAUUGAGCACAGAGCUUCAUUGUUUGUGUUACCCCUCAAACUGAGCACCUCCCCUCUCCCUCCCCACCCCAUCUCCCAUCACCCCCCCCGCCAGCAGCAGCAGCAGCAGCAGG